AUGAAUCUGCUUGAUGCAAAUGAGCGGUUAACUUGUGCAGAGCACUACGAGAAGGCAGCAGAAUGCUGUGAAAAUCUUCUAGCUGUUAAUCCACUGGAUCACCAAUCAUCUGAUUUGCGCUUAGAGAUCGAUCGCCGUCGUAGAAAAGGAGGGAUGAUUGGUGCCUCUCUAUUAGCUUCGGGAGCUGUAGUUGCUGUCGCUGGAAUUGCAGGCGCUUUAGCUUUGCUAACUCGUCGCUGA